GAAGAAUGUCGCUGUAUCUGAUUGAUCUCAAACAAUCCAACAUAUAGGCGCCAUCUACACUUCAAGGCAGGCCCAUAAUAUCUAACAAACAAAGCAUGUGGACGCUGCACCAGCUAACAGAGAACAAAGCCACUCGCAGCACCACUGGCUCGCCAUCUCGAUCUCCAUCCCCUUCCGUUGCUCGCAAAAGAGCCCGUCUUUCGUCCAGCUCGCCCAAAAUGGCACCGAGUUUAGUGAAGAAGGAGGUUGAAGAAGUGAGUUCUGGGAAGCCAGACUCUAGCAAGCUGGAGGAGGGCGGGGACGAGCCAAAACCAGAUGUAGAAAGAGAAUGGGAAGGGUUUUCUAAGGAUGUCCUGGAGAAAUGGCCUGCAUUGAAAAAGAGAAACUUCUGGUGCAUCCAACGGCAUUCUGCUACAGUGGUAGCACUGCAUUACGACUUGCGAAUGCAUCUCGAUGGGGUUACUGUCUCUUGGGCUAUCCCUAAGGGUCUAUUAGGCAUUUCAAAGAGUGGUGAAGCACGUAGGAUGGCCGUCGAGACAACAUUGCACCCUCUUUGGUAUACCAUACAUGAAGGAUCGGAUGGCAGGACGUUCGGACAAGGUCGUCAAGGUGGGACUCUUCUUUGGGAUAUUGGGGAGUACACUAUCGAUCUCCCCUCCGGAUACAUACCCGAUCUUGAUACAGAUGAAGAAGAAGAAGCGGAAAAUCGUAGAAGAUUCAAGAAAAGACGGAAAGAUUCCGAAAGUGAUGGACGAGAAGAAGAGGACAAGUUUCGGAACGCGCUGCAUAGACAUAUCGGUUUUGGUAAGUCAAGGAGUAUGCACUUUACUUUGAAGGGAGGCAAAAAGAUGACGAAUCACUCGUUCAUCCUUGUCCUAAGCAGCAAUCCCUACAAGUACAAUACCGUUAGCCUGGAAGGAAAAGAAAAAAAGACGUGGUUCAUUAGUCUUCCCCGAGGAGUGGAUAGCUAUCCGUGGGACCAGGGCGGGGAAGAUGGCGAUUUCUAUGGAAGGAGCAUAAAAAGCGGUAUGACCUUUCAGCAAGUAUGUCAGGGAUUAGCAGAUGAUUCGUCUCAAUGAGGAAAGGAGCCUUCAAACAAGCAAUAAACCCUCGCGGACUUGCACAACGUGAAAAGUUCUACCUGCCCGAACGGCUCACCUGUUCAAAGUUACCAGCUGGUCCGAUUUCAAAUACGUUUGUGGGCCAUCGAUGACCUCGGCUUUCACCAUAUUGCCAUGCUUGAUUAUCGAUGAUCAUGAUUGGUUUGGCGAUGCGGCAGCACUAAAUUACAAGUCAGAUAUAUUCGCGACCACUGUGCUUGUAGAUCUCAAGGGGUUAUACGAGAGGAGCCUCGGCAGGAUGGUGAAUGCGAAGGCGAAUAUUUCAUGACACAGGUGUCGUUUGAGCUUUGUGUAUCAGGAGUGCAUUGCAAAGGCUGCAGGAAGGGUGUUGGCAUGCAAUAAAUAGGAGUCCCAUAGGAGCUCUUGGCGGCGUAUGGAUGAUCUGAAAGACAAGAUUAGCCAAGCGUGCACGUUUCACCUAUCAACGGUCGUCAACUAACUCUUUGUUACCUUACCAUUGCCCUUAUCGUUUGGAGCUCGAAAAUCGCACAGGUUAGCUUGAGAGAGG